CCACCUGCACCGGUGGCUCUGUGAGCUCUCAUGUUCCCCAUCAUUUCGAGAAUGUCACUGAAUAGCUCCGUUGCUGUUAACACCGUGGGAUUGUCCGGCCAACAGCACACCGGCAUACCUUCUUUUCCUUUUUCUGGUCUACCGUCGUGGUCUGUGAGUGGCUCAGUUAGAGCUCUGACCACUGGAGACUCGUGAGCUUUGCAGCACAAACACAUCUAAUUAGUCUUUGCGCCCACUUUUUGCUUGCAGGGACGUACUACUCUGCAAUUGUGAGAUCAGGACCCCAGAAAGGACGUGAGAGACGACAAGGAAGCAUGGAGCAAGGUAGGCCCAACACCGUCGAGAUCUCCUCACCAUGUACGUUUCGACUGUGUUUGCCACCAACACCAUCAUCUUGUCUUCAGACACCCACACCAUCUCCUCCCUUGCCUUCCCUUCCCUUCUCCCUCUCCCUCACCCAUCUUUGCUUUAUUGUCUCCUCGCUUGUCGUUGCUUGCUUUCUCUUUUUCUGUUCUCUUCUUCUGGGAGGUUAUUUAAGGCAAGGUUGGAUUCCGACAUGGGCUGUAAGAAGCAGUUGGUGCGGACAGAUUGAAGCCGGGAAGUGUAGAAGGAUGAAAGGGGAAGGGAGGAAGCACACCACGGCUUCGCCAUGCGCGGCAUGCAAGCUCUUACGGCGCCGGUGCACGCAGGGUUGCGUCUUUGCUCCCCACUUCCCCUCCGACGAGCCGCAGAAGUUCGCCAGCGUGCACAAGGUGUUCGGCGCUAGCAAUGUCAGCAAACUCUUGCGGGAGAUAGCGGCGCAGCACCGAGGAGACGCUGUGAGCAGCCUGGUGUACGAGGCGAACGCCCGGGUGCGAGAUCCAGUCUACGGGUGUGUGGGCGCCAUCACCUCCCUCCACUGCCAAAUCCAGGCUCUCCAGGCACAACUGGCCGUGGCUCGAGCCAAGAUGCUGCACUUGCGCAUGAGUCACGCCGCCUACCUCGCCCGCUUCACCCACACCGCCAUGGCCACCGCGAGCACCUCCUACACGGGCUCUUCGUCCAUGUCGCCCGAGCACAAGCAGCUGAUGGAGCCUGACACGACCAAGUCAGUGUUUCCGCUGGACAUGGCGAUGCUGGACCAGUCUAACUUGGGAGAGCCACAGAUUUGGUCAUGUUAAGACCCGCCAUUACACCAACGCAUUCCUCCUCAUGUGCACGGGCAGUCUGGUCAACCUGAUCGAUCAUGUAUGCACAGCACAUUGCAGCAUUUUUGUUCUGGAUAUAGGCUGCACGCAUCUGACCCCUCACAUGAAAGUAUAUAUUACAUGGUUAUAUGUAACCUCUUGACGAUUAAUUUGCUUCAUAUCUCAUCAAUAUGAAGUGAUUAGUUGAGAUAUUAUUAUUUGGACAACACCAAAGGAAUUUGACCGUUGGAGCGUGCGUCACGUGACC